AAAAAAUUAUGCGGGAAAAAAAUGAUGAAUGAGUUGAUAGUUUUUUAUUGAUCAAUGAUCAAAAAUGUUUUUAUUAUGACUUUUUCUCGACUGAAAAUCACGAAAACGUACUGGGUGUAUGUUUAGGAACCGAGAUAUUCAUCAUAUUAUAUUGAUUUUGUCUUAUAUCUGCGUCUGGGCGAAACUGGAUAAGUUUUAUUAAUUUUAUCUGAGUGCUUUAUGAUAACAUUUCGUGUUGUAAACAAUCGGGUUACUAGGAAUUAAAAGACAGUAGUAUCUCGAGAUAUAUAGUAGAUAUACACUUCUAUUAUGGUGGAUUCUACAUGUAGCGAUUUAGAUCGGUGAGUAAGGGAAAAAGGCUAUUGAAAAAGUCUAGUACAAGGUUUAAUAUAUUAAAGUAGAAAUUUCCUAACACAUUAUGUAGCAAUGUGCCCUAUUAAAUUGUGCCCCACGUUUUUAUUUCACUCUUUUAAUAUAUGACAUCAGAGUAUUUUAUUCAUCUGGGGCCAGUUGUUCAAAAUCUGAUUAACUUAAAACUAGGUUAGCCUAAUAUUCAAAUCGAACUUCCUAAUAGCUUGUUAUAAAUUUGAAAAUAUUUCUUCAGGAAUAUUGUCUGGAUCAGUAGGAGUUUUCUCUGAAAUUUUGAAAUAAACAGACGUGCAGAAAUACAUAAACUAAAACAGCAGGUUACAUUUUAACCGAAGGUUUAAUAGGGCUAACGCAACUCUUGAGCAACCCGCCUCAGGGGAGUAUUCAGGGUUAAUUAACCAGAUUAAAUUUUUAUAGUCAAAUAGAAAAGCUUCGGAGAUGUGAGCUCAUUACUGAAAAUGAAGUCAAACAAUUAUGUGGAAAGGCCAGGUAUUUAAAUAUAACAACUCAACUCACAUUAAAUAUACAUUAUAUUUAUUAAUUUUUGACCGGCUGAAGUGUGUUACACAAUAACUUGAUUUGAUCACCCCAAAUCAUGAAAAAAUUUUCUCCUAGGGAAAUUCUUGUUGAAGAGAGUAAUGUUCAGAGAGUGGAUUCCCCAGUCACCGUAGGAAUAAAAUUUUUCUGAGUUUUACUUUCAAUUCAUUUCGCUUGUCAAGUAUUGUUAUCUGAUCUUUACUAAUUAUCUAAUGCAUGUUUCCAGGUUUGUGGUGACAUUCAUGGACAGUUUUAUGACUUAAAAGAACUUUUCAAGGUACCAUAUACUUUACUAAAUAUUAUUUUCUUUUCUUUAUCAUGCCUGUUGUAACAUAUUUACCAAUUAUAACUUUAAUUUAGGUUGGAGGAGAUGUCCCAGAGACAAACUACCUUUUUAUGGGAGAUUUUGUAGACCGAGGUUUCUACAGUGUUGAAACAUUUCUUCUACUACUAGCACUAAAGGUAUUUUGGUGACAAGACCAGUUAUUACCAAGUACAAAUGUAUUUCAACACACAAAGUGAGGUCUGGGCAAUUUGCUCAUUGAACUAUUUUUUUUAUUUGGAAAGGAAAAUAUCCUAUCCAAAGAUUCAAAGUUCUAGUAUCCCAUCUGAGAACCCAUUUACUGAGAACUGGUUACCAUAAAUUUUGGCAUCCUUGAACCAUCAAAGCAAGUAUACUGUACAUGUCUCUGAUAAUUGUUAUUAAUUACAAUGACAACAGGAGACUCAACGGUCAACAAUUAGACCACCAAGUUGGAAAUCAAAGGCUGAUUAAUUUGAAGAAGGAAGGCUCAUAGUAUUCAAAGCUUCAAAGCUAUUGGGAGACCACCAGAGACAUUUAGCAUUAUCCUAAUGUUUGAGAUUUUGUAAUAUCCAUUUGGGAUACAAAGUCAUUCAUAGUUUGGUAUCCAAAACCAAAUGUUAGUAUCCUGUGGAUAUCAAGAUACUGAUGAACACAAGUUGAUGAUAUUGCAAAUUUCAGACUGUGAGUCGCACCCCAAACCAUUACCAAGGCUCAACAAAAUUAACACACCUUCCCCCCCCCCCCCUACCACGGGGAUUCAUCCCUGCAGUAUUCAAUGUAUAUGUGCAUUUUAGCAUUGUGAUAACCUAUCUUGCUUACUACAGGUUCGCUAUCCUGAUCGAAUAACUCUGAUCAGAGGAAAUCAUGAAAGCAGACAGAUCACACAAGUUUAUGGAUUCUAUGAUGAAUGUUUAAAGAAAUAUGGCUCCGUCUCAGUGUGGCGAUAUUGUACAGAAAUAUUUGACUAUCUUAGUUUAUCUGCUAUCAUUGAUAACAGGGUGGGUAGUGGAAAAAUAAGAUUAUGUAGUAAUUUGCAGAAAUAUCUGAUGAACUCCGAUAAAACAAAGAAAUGAGAGUAAACACCGAGUGCUGAUCAGGCCUAGAAAAUAUAUUUCUCUUCCUGGCAGAAAAACCCAAAAUAAAAAUUUCUUGUGUAAGUCAAAUAUAAAAAAAAAUAAUAUUAGAAUGUUUAUUUUCGGAGUUACCAUUGUUUUAUAUUUCAACUGCAUUGGUAGAUUUCAGAGAUUGUAUGGUACAAGACAAUCUCGCCUUGCAAAACACUUUUGCAAUUUUUAGCAACAAGUAAAUUACAAUGUGGCAAUCCCAGGACAUUUUCUUAUACACUGGAAAGUCGGUAUCGCUGUUUCUUACGAAGUGUAGACCCUAACGGUACCAAAAAAUGUCAAAUUUUCACUCUGAUUUGUAUCUUUCCCAGAGGAAGGUGCAUGACUUUUCGGGGGAGGUGCAAAAAUUCUCAGGGGAGGUGCAAAACGAUCUCAGGGGAGGUGCUCACCUCCCCUCAAAAUCCGGCCAUGUUAUGGUGUUUUACUGCUCUGUGGAUCCACCCACACUGAAUAUUUUAUUCUUGUAUUUUAUAGAUAUUUUGUGUUCAUGGUGGCUUGUCACCUUCUAUAACAACGUUAGACCAGGUAAUUCAUGCGUGAUCUCCAGGUUUUUAAGAAAAGAUUUAAUCGGACAAUCCUGUGAGAUUGCUAAACAUAUGUAUCAUCCAUCAAGAUACACUAUCUGCGUUGUACGCUAUGUGUGUAGAAAUACGGCAAUCCGUGUUUGGACCAAAAUAUUUACGUGCUUUUGUCCAUUUUCCAAACAGAUUCGUUCUAUUGAUCGUAAACAAGAAGUUCCUCAUGAUGGUCCCAUGUGCGAUCUUUUAUGGUCAGAUCCAGAAG